CUUCCGAUUUUCUAAAAUUUCACUUUUGAGCCCACAUUUCACGAAUAUAUAAUUAAUCAACCCCACGCCCCAAAAUCCCUAUAAAAAAGCCUCUGGCAGACGGUCAAAAUCAAAUCCGCUCAACAAAAACAAUGGGAAACGUGUUUUGCGGUAAAAGGAGCGCCAAAGUGAUGAAAAUCAGCGGAGAGACGUUUAAGCUGAAGGCCCCGGCCCGGGCCGGGCCCCUGCUUAGGGAGCAUCCGGGCCACGUGCUGUUGGAGUCCGAGGCCGUGAGGCACUACGGCGUCCGGGCCAAGCCGCUCGAGCCGCACCACGAGCUGAAGUCGAGCCGGCUCUACUUCCUCGUCCAGCUUCACCAAGGGAGGCGGCCCCCGCGGCGGCUCCGGUCGGCGGGGGAGCCGGCGAGCGCCAAGGAUCGGCUUGAGAGCUUGAUGCUGGCGCGGAGGUCGGCCUCCGAUCUGUCCGCCGCGAGGCUGGGGAGCGUUGCGGCGGCGCCGGAGAACGCCGACGGCGGAGGAGGAGGAGUGAGGGUUAGGAUGAGGCUGCCGAGGGCGGAGGUGGAGAGGCUGGUGGCUGGGAGCGACUGUGCGGCGGAGGUGGCGGAGAAAAUCGUCGGACUUUGGGCAGCCUCCUGCGGCGGCGUGGUGGAGCGGAAAGUGCGGCAGAAGCGUGUUGGAUUUUCGUCAAUUAGGGAAGUAGAGAUUCCUCUAGCAGUGGCCUCCUAGCGAAACCAGAAUAAAUUGAAGACUUUUUAGUGCAUGGUAAAUGAUAAUUUUUUUCCCCUUAAAUGAAAAAAAAGGGUAAAUAGCGGAUUUGUUGCGUAAUUUUAAUGUCAGUAUACCACAUUCAAAUUAUCUCAAUUUGAAUAUCCUAAUUAUUAAAAAAAACCCAUAAUUUUCAUACCCAACCGAGGUUGCUGUAAAAAAUCUGGGUAUGAAAAUUGCAAGUGUUUUCAUAGUUAGAGUAGAAAUUGAGAUACUUUGAAUCAGGGACCCUCACAAUUAAAUUGCACCUUAAUUAGGGUACUAUUGAAGUUGCUAUUUACCCAAAAAAAGAAAAAUGUAAACUUUCACCGAGUGUCCAAGAAAAAAUCUUUGCAACUGC